AUGGCGGAGAAAACCACGUCGUGGGGGCUGAACCACCUUUUCUUGACGGUUUUCUUGUUCAAUUUUGCCAAUUUCAUGGUGGUUCCGGCGAUAACCGACGUCAGCAUGGCGGCAAUUUGUCCUGGCGAAGACGAAUGCUCCUUUGCCAUUUACCUCACCGGUGUUCAACAAGCGAUUAUCGGAAUGGGGAGUCUGAUACUGAUGCCGCUGAUCGGAAAUCUUUCCGACCAUUAUGGAAGGAAACUCCUUCUCACUUUUCCGAUGAUGCUUACCAUUUUUCCGGCAGUGAUAUUGGCAUAUAGCAGAGAAAGGAACUUCUUCUAUGCAUAUUAUGUCCUCAAGACUCUCACUUCCAUGGCUUGUGAAGGGACUGUCCUCUGCCUUGCACUUGCUUAUGUGGCGGAUAACGUAGCGGAGCAACGGCGGGCGUCGGCGUUCGGAAUCCUCUCCGGUAUCUCAUCAUGUUCCUUCGUUUUCGGCAACCUCCUUACUCGCUUCCUCCCAUCCGCCGCCUCCGUCUUCCAAGUAUCUGCGGCUGUGGCAAUGGUUUCUGUAGUUUACAUGAGAAUUUUCCUACCGGAAUCUAACAUGGAAGCGGCGGUGAUUGCUGUUUCUUCAAAAGAAGAAGCAACAGAUGAAUGUCUUCUCGAGAAGGGGAGUAUCAACAAUCGGAUUCGGCGACCUUUACGUACAACUCCUUCUUUGCACGAUUCAAUUUCCAUGUUGAAGAGCAGCUGGACAUUUUCACAAGCAGCUAUUGUGGCAUUCUUCAGCAUGCUUGGUGAACUUGGCCUAUUUUCUGCAUUAUUGUACUAUUUGAAGGCUGAAUUCCAUUUUGACAAAGACCAGUUUGCUGAUUUGCUGAUUAUCAAUGGGAUUGCUGGAAUCAUAUCUCAAAUGAUUCUCAUGCCCAUGUUGGCUAGGGUAAUCAAUGAAGAAAAACUCCUUGUGAUCGGGCUCGCUUUCAACUGUAUGCAUAUUUUUCUUUAUGCUGUAGCUUGGACCUCCUGGGUUGUCUAUCUUGCAGCGACUUUGCAGAUUCUGGCUGUUUUUGCAGGACCAAGUUUAAGGAGCAUAGUAUCCAAACAAGUUGGCCCUACUGAGCAGGGCAAGGCACAAGGAUGCAUUACAGGCCUAUGCUCAUUUGCCGGUAUUAUUUCCCCAUUGGUUUUCAGUCCUCUAACAGCUCUAUUCUUGUCUGAUCAUGCUCCAUUCCAGUUUCCUGGUUUUAGUCUUAUGUGUGCUGGCUUUACGGUGAUGAUAGCAUUCAUCCAGAGCAUCAUGAUCAGGGCACCCCCAUCUCCUUCUUCCCUUCCUGUUUCAGAUCGAAAAACCGACGAUUGUGCAUAACCAGAACAGUAUGAGCAUAAGCUUAAAGUGUUCGUUUUUUCCGUCUUUUUUCCCGCAUUGCUGGUGUAUUUACCAUUCAAGUCUCCCCUUGAUUUUGUACAUAUUUAAGGCCUGCCCAAAUUCGACUGUUGCACAUGUAUAUUGUAGAAAUGUGCACUUG